AUGUCGAAAAUGGAUCGCCAAUUGAAUUCUACAAAAGAUAAACAGACUAUUUACGAAAUAUAUAGAGCAUGUCGUUUGUGUGGAGCCGGUGCAGGCUAUAAAAUGCCUAUAAUACAAAAUGUAAUUGAUUUAGGUGACAGCGAAGUUGAGCUUCGACAAAAAGUCCGAGAAUGCGUGCAAAUUGAGGUGCACCAAGAUGAUAAGAUGCCCCCAUUAAUCUGCGAGCUGUGUGUUGAUAAAGUGAAUGACUUCUACGAGUUCCUAGAGAUGUGUCGACAGACUAACAAACGGACAAGAUUGAGGCUUGGUCUACCUCCGCAGUCCAUGCCCAAAGGAGCUCCGGAUGCCGGUGAAUGUAUCCUGGGUCUGACGGAGCCGGUGUAUGUGAAUGAUGACUCAGAUGAUGGGGAGCCGCUGUCUAAGCAGAAGAAGCAGACCAAGGUGAAGGUCAGGAGGGAGCCCGAGUUAAAAGUUAAGUUGGAGCAUACAAUAUUAGACCCGCGCACGACUCGGUUCACGCGCCGUGCGCCCACGCCGCCGCGGAACACGAGGCAGCGACAGAACUCUAAGGAAGACACUGGACCCUUAAACCGAGCCAAGGACUCAAAAUCUAAAUCUCCGAAAGGGACACCCAAGUCAAUUCUGAAGAGAGAAUCUCAGGAGUCGCAAGAAGAUGAUUCGUUACUGACACCACGUCUAAAGAGGUCGAGGGACAGAGAGCCGGUCAAAUUGGAUACACCGAUUAAAAAAGUCAAAAUCGCAAUAAAGCCGGCGUCGCCUCCGAAAUCUUCACCGAAAUCGUCUCCAAGGUCAUCGAAACCUGCCAAGCCUGUCAAGGUGCCCCCGAAGCGGCCGGUGUCUCCGCCUCGAUUGUACAGUUGUAUAGUUUGUGGGCAGAACAAUAAAACUCCGCAGGCCAAUAGUAACCACCAGAGGUCGCAUACAGUGGGAUUUACAAAUCCUAAACUAGCGUGCAAUCCAUGCGGCGAGUGGUUCCGUACGCCGGACGAGGCGGCGGCUCACCACAGACAUCACAAGAGUAAAUCCAUUCCGUAUACAUGCAACCGAUGCACUGCCAACUUCAGACAGCUCGCGGCAUAUGAUGAACAUUUCAUCAGUAACCAAUGUAUUCCGUUCCCCGAGAUGCCGGACGUCAAGUGCGACGUGUGCUGGCACCUGUUCGCCACCAACAAACUGUUCCGGGACCAUCGCUGUCUGGGCGAGGACAAUAGGCCGGGCGGCAAAUGUUCAAAGUGUAACCGAAACUACGCGUUACUGAGGAACUUGAAGAAACAUGAACCUACAUGCACGGCGAGGAAGAAAGGUGAACUAAACGUAGAUCCGGAGUUACUGAAGCAGUUGCGACCGGUGCAGGUUCGAAUCUUGCGCUGUGACAGCUUACUCGCUAAUGUUAAAGACGGACAUUACGAUGUCUCCUAUGUUCCUUAUGAUUAUGGCCUUGACAAGAACUGCUAUUAUCCAUACUUAGCAGGACUGCGCAUCAAACGGGAACCGUAUCUAGACCAUAUGGUAGAUAUACGAGAUGAUAUCAAACACGAAUUCUACGCCGCAGAAGACUAUGUACACUGGGACUCUGAGAGUGAGAGCGAAGCAGAAUCCUGCUCUCUCAUCGUCCCUUCUCCGAAAGAGAAGAAAAUCGAUUCUCUAGCGAAUCUGUCACUAAAGACUCUGUUCUCCAGAAGAUGUUUAGGUAAAGUUCCAAAGAAGAGAAGAAAGGUUAAGCCAGAGAAGAAUUUAUUUGAUUCUUUAUUAGCUGAAGAAGAUGAUGUUUCAAAAGAUAUUAAUAAUAUAAUUAAUAAUCUACAAGAUGAUGAUAACGAUAACGGAGAUAAUGAAUUUAACGAUAGUGUUAAAAGUAACGGUGAAGUGGUUAAUAGUAACGAUGGUGUUGAUAAUAACGAUAGUUUAGCUGUAAGUAACGAGGAAAGUGAAUUUAGUGGCGAGUGCAAUGUUACAAGUUCAAAAUUGUCUAGUGGUAAUAGUAUAGAUAAUGUUAAUAACAGUACUAUUAAUGAAAUAAGUGUUAACGAUAACGGAGUCAGAGAUAACGAAUCGAAUACAAUUAGUGAUUUAGAUGAUAGUAAAAAUAAUGGAGUUUCGAAUGAUAAUAGUUCUUUAUCCAAUGAUGAUAAGGUUGAAAAUUGUGUAUCUAAAAAUGAUUUUGAGAAAGAUGGGGAUUCUAAUUCAAUUAAAGUGUUUAAUGAAAAUAGUCAGGAUUCUAGUUCUAUUGGUACAGCCAGUGAAAGUUUAUUGAACGAUUAUACACAAAAUGAUAUAUUAAGCGAGAAUGAAAAAGAAAACGAUAAAAAUAAUGUCGAUAAUUCUCAGAAUAACGAUGAAAAUCAAUCACAAACUGAUAAUUCCGGUCUAGAUUCGAAAUUAACGGAGAAUGAAUCGAAUUUAACACAAGAUAAAGAUGAAAACGAUAUCAGGGAUGAUGUUAACGAGAAUCGUUGUAUUGGGAAUAACGAUUCGACUAACACCGUUAGUGUUAUAGUCAGUAACGAUAAAGUCAAGCAUUCUGACGCUGACGACGAUGAUAAGUUAAUGGCAGCUUUAGACGCUGAAAUUGGCGAAAAUAACGAGGGUUCCCGUGAUAAUAAUGGUAGUUUUAACGAUUUAAUGCAAGCUAAGGGUAAUACAGAUUUGAUUUCUGACGAAUACAAUUUUGAUGCUUAA